AUGAAGUUACUAAAGUUUUCCUUCAUGCAAUAUGAUGGGCUGGUGACCCAUGUUGUUGUGUGUGCUUCACUUAUCGCUUUAUUUUUUUUAAAUGAAAAUUUCAUAAGAAAAAAAAAUGAUUUUUUCUCCAUGGAUGUGUCAAGCAAAAAAGUGUGUGAUUUUUUGCACAAAAAUAUUUACAAAUUAGAGAAAUUGUACAUAUGUAGUGAUUCAUUUACUCAUAACAAAUUUUUUCAUAAUGAUUGGAAAAGUUUGAGAGAGAGUCAUAUGGUGCCAGGAAAUUUUGAAAAGAUGGGGAACACACUGGAAAGAGGAAAAUUACAAAGUGUGGAAAGGAACCUGGACAAGAGGCAAGGCGAUCGGGAUGGCAUAAGGCAAAGGAAUGACGUAAGACAAAUGAAUGGGGUUGACAAUAAAAAAGAAACGCCCGAAAAAGAUUAUGAUAAUAGUGCUAGAGGUGAGAGUGACAACCACAGAGACAACACGUUUAACUUCACCCUAGACACCAACAACUCAGCAUUGAAUGAACAUAUACUUAAAAAAUCCAAGAUGGUAUUUCAAAAACUGGACAGUAAUAAGAACAAUUUUAUAGAUUUUAAUGAAUUCAAAAGGAAUGUAAAUAUAUUAUCUAAAAUUAGGAAUAUCAACAAAAAAAUUUUAAAUUAUUUAUUUGAACUCUUUGAUGUGAAUAAUGACAAAAAAAUUAAUUAUAUCGAAUUUUUACACUUAAAUUCAUACGAUUUUAAUUACAUCAAAUUAAUUCAGAUUUUAUUUGAUGGAGAAAGUGUGGUUGAAAAAAGUGCUAUUCAUGAUUAUUUAGAAAUUUAUUUUUCAGAAUUUUUAGACAGCAUUGUAGUUGAUAUGCAGAAUAAGCAUUUCUCCAUUCAAAGGAAUAAUUUCAUUCAUACUAUAGUAAAAAAUUUUUUUAAAAAUACAAAAAACAUGUGGGAUUUAAAUAAUGAUAAUAAACUACAACUUGAAGAAUUUCAAAAUUUCCAAUUAUUACUACUAGUUGAAAUCGAUCAUUUAUUGAAUUUUAUGCAUCUAGACUUGAAUUUCGAUGGGCACAUUGACAUAUCAGAAUUGCUCUUUUAUAUUAAUCAUGAUGGAACAGUAUAUAAAAAAUUGAGCAUUUAUCUGGAAAGUACAUCAAAAGGAUCAAGAAAUUCUCAUGACAAAAAAGAUGAACAGCAUAUCAACAUGUCAGAUGCAUCACAGCGGGAAAAUCUCUUCAACUAUGUCCAAGAGACACUCAAGGUUGAAAAUUCGCUCGUCCAAAACGUAAAGUUACUUUUCUACUCAUUCGACGUCAACAAUGAUCUAUUAUUAGAUUUGGAGGAAUACAAAAAUCAGAUGACAACACUCUCGGUGCUGGACUUAACCCCUGAAAUUAUUUUCUCAUCCUAA